AUGCCACUCACAACAGCGGCCCCCAACCCAGGCGCCAACUUUAUCGGCGAAAGUCUCGGUGACAGCAAGAUCCAUGAAGGCAAUGGUUAUCGUCUGACGGAAGAUGACUAUCAGACAGCGAGAGAUGUGGCUCCGUCGAGGAUCAAGGGCAAUUGGCUGACUUGGAUGGUCACGUUUGUCGCGGGAACAGGAUUUACACUGUUUGGGUAUGACCAAGGUGUCAUGUCGGGUCUUCUUACGCUUGACUCGUUCGAACAGCAGUUUCCAGAGACAGCUGGUGGUUUCGAAGGCUCCACUACUGCCACUCUCCAAUCCCUCCUCGUUGCUAUCUAUGAGAUUGGAUGUAUGGCCGGAGCACUUUCGAAUAUCUGGGUAGGCGACAGGCUUGGUAGACGGCAUACUAUUGCUUUGGGUGGUUUCAUUAUGCUCAUCGGCUCCAUCCUCCAGACCGCUGCCAUCGACUAUGCGAUGAUGCUCGUCGCCCGUGUCAUUACCGGUAUCGGAAACGGUCUCCUCACUUCUACCGUCCCUGCCUAUCAAUCCGAAUGCUCCAAGGCUUAUCGUCGAGGACAAUUGGUGCUCGCUGAAGGCAGUCUAAUCACCUUUGGUGUUAUGGUGUCGUACUGGGUCGAUCUGGGUUUCUUCUACACGACUGGGAGUAUCUCGUGGAGGUUCCCUAUCGCUUUCCAGCUAGUGUUUAUCAUCAUCAUGAUCGUUUGUUUGUAUGCAUUCCGUCUCCCCGAAUCGCCCCGAUGGCUGGCAGCUAAAGGCAAGUUCCCCCAAGCCCUCGCCGUCCUCGCUGCCCUCGACAACACCUCGGUCACCGACCCCGCUGUGGUCACCGUCUUCCACGGUAUCACCGACGCUAUCGCGGCCGAGCACGUGGGAGAGUUCAGCUUCAAGGAGAUCUUCAAGGGAGGAAAGACGCAGAACUUCAGGAGGACGAUGUUGGGUGUUGUGGCUCAGUGUUAUCAGCAGAUCUGUGGUAUCAACUUGAUUACCUAUUAUCUCACUUCUGUCCUUUCCGGUCUUGGGCUGUCUGAUGAGAUGUCUCGAGUCAUUUCUGGUGUCAACGGUACAUGCUACUUCCUCACGUCUCUCAUCGCCAUCGCCAUUAUCGAGCGCGCCGGUCGUCGAUCCCUCAUGCUUUGGAUGGCCCUCGCCCAAUGCGCCACCAUGGCCGUCCUCGCCGGUCUCUACAACAAAGCCCAAGACCAGAACAAGGCCGCCCAAGUCGUCUCCGUCCUCAUGCUCUUCCUCUUCAACACAUGGUUCUCCAUCGGUUUCCUCGGUAUUACCUGGCUCUACCCCGCUGAAGUGACGCCUUUAAGGAUCAGGGCGCCUGCGAAUGCGUUGAGUACGGCGUCGAACUGGAUCUUCAACUUUAUGGUUGUGAUGGCGACGGGACCGAUGUUUGCGAACAUUGGAUGGGGGACGUAUGCGUUCUUUGCGGCUAUGAACGGGAUCAUCAUGUUCCCUGGAUUGUACUUCUUCUUCCCUGAGACCAAGCGCUACUCUCUCGAAGACCUCGAUAUCAUCUUCGCUAAAGCCUAUGUCGAAGGACUCGACCCUGUCAAAGUCUCGCUCCACCCCGAAUCUGUGCCCAAGGCUGGGUCUCGUGAGGCCGAGGAGAUCUUGGGGAGGAAUGUGGACAGUCAGAAGGACGGUGGAAAUGGGGCGAGGCAGAGGUUUGAUGGGAAGGAGAAGGGAGAGAAGGGGAGGAUCGAGCAUCACGAGUUUGUGUAA